AGGUAGUGUAAUCGCACUAUAUUAUCGGCAAGAUCUCCUGUCUAUAUACUGCAAUCAAAGUGUCAGUCUCUGCAGUUGUUGGAGCUAUGAGCGCUGGGGAUGGUAACCUUUCUGAGGAAAAACGUAGUGAUGCAGAACAUAGCAACGUGUCUGAUGACGAGUCAACGGGCACAGGAAGUACGAGCGAGGAAGAAGUAGAGGUGGAGUUGAUGGUGAAAUCCAGAGCAAGGCGUCCUAAUGCGGGGAAUAAAAUGAUGGCACUUAUAGAAUCGAGCAAUCAGGAGGAUGAAUUUUACAAGAGCGCCUACGGAGGUGGAUUCAAUGAGGAUGAUGCUGAUGACGUUUACGAAUCACCUGUACAAUCUGAUGUAGACGAGGUAGACUCAGAUUUUGACAAACCCGAAGAAGAAGAUGAGCCGAUCAGUGAUGAUGAUAAUGAAGAGAAGCGCGGUAGAAGAAAGACCAGAGGCUACAAGGAGCCUCAAAGAGGCCGUGCUGAGUUGCUUGCUAAAAAUAAAGCGUGGGCUGUGGCUAGAAUGGCUGGAAAGGUGGUUGCUGCUAAUACGGUAGAUGCGAAAACACAAGCAGCACGUCUUAAGGAAGCUGAGAAAACGGAAAAGGCGAAUCUGGAAUCUCUGAGGAGAUAUGAACAGUUUGAACUGGAGCGAAAGAAGAAGCGAGAACAUGCGACGGCAAGGCGCAGAGUUCCACCGCCUUACAUCUCUGUCAAGCAUACGCCUAACGAAACAACGUUGGUCGUUCCCGACAUAAAGGUGUUCAAGAAACCAGAAGUGAAGCCAGCGUUUGUCUGCGCUGUCACCGGGCGCCCUGCAAGAUAUCGGGAUCCGGUCACGGGCCUCCCCUACUCGACUCCGUUCACUUUCAAAAUCAUCCGCGAUAAGUAUCACAAAUACUUGAAAACUAUCAAGGAUAAUCCGGAAGUGACAGAGUAUUUUAAGCAGUUUGAGUAGGAAGGGUUCGAAAGGGUUAGGAGUGACAAAUCAAGGACGGUAUUAGGCUCUAUUUUUGGACUUGUGUCAUUCUGAGGGGUUAAUGGAAGUGUUUUUCUUUGCCAUGCUUUUUCUUCAUUUUUCUAAUCAAAGUUUUGCUCAGCUCUUCAAGUUAAGGUAAUUUAUGAUUGUUUCCAUGACCUAUUUUCCCUUCCCCCUACCCCCUCCCCUCCAAAGCAGGUCGAGUAGGACUGGGCUGGAGGGGUUCGGCUGUAUGUUUCGGCUGGCGUUCUUAGGCCUUAUUUUUGAAUUAUUUCCGUCAUUUUGAACUGACCAUAAGUUGGAAGUGUUUCUUGUCUUGCGUUUUCCCUCCUUCGUUUAAUCACUGAGUCAGCAAUUUUUGAGAUGAUACUAUGAUUGUUUCCAUGCCAUGAUGUCUCCCUUUCUCCCAACUACCACUCCUUUGAUGAUUUUAAGAUUCUUUUCGAAACGAACUUGUUUGUCAAAAGCUAUCCUCAUCUUGUCACCAAACCAGUGGUUGCGAUAAAAACCCUUUGGAAAUAAUCCUCGACUAGUUCUUGCGGUUUCUCACUGCUCCCUCUGGCCUACUCGCCGUUCGUUUGCGUCACACAUUCUCCAUUUUCCAUUGUGUUUUUCGAGUCACCUCACGAAUUGGAAGAAAGCGGAGACAUUGUCGAGCUUGCUCUCUCUAUUCUUCUCUAAUUUUCCCGGAUGCUGCUACUCAAACAUUCUAACGACUCUUAGAAAUCUUCGCUCAAAAACUUUCUGUGCACUCUACCCUGUCAGUCAACUUAGAGUUGAAAUUGAGC